AAACCCGAACACCUGUAAUUUCAUCAAAACACAAAACUAUAAACUCGAUUUGAAAAGUGAAGACACCAGUCGUGCAUUAGUAGCAAUACCAUACACACAUUGUCGCUGUUAUUGUGCGUGUUGCGUAUUGAGUCGUAUAAGUCGUACUGACCUUCGGUGUGUAAUAAUAACUUUGGUUUUGUCGUCACAAUUUUCGUUUUUCGAUAAUUUACUCUGUGGAAAAGAAAACCAAUUUUUGUGUGUGGAGAAAAUGGAUCGCUGGGCGAAUAAAACGGCCAUAGUAACAGGUGCCAGUUCUGGAAUCGGUGCAGCAAUCGCAAUCGAUUUGGUGAAAGCCGGAUUGAAUGUGAUCGGUCUAGCGCGACGAGUCGAACGGGUCGAAGAACUGCAACGACAAAUACCAUCGCACAGCACCGGUAAACUGUACGCAAUCCGAUGCGACAUCACCAAAGAAAGUGAGAUCAAGGCGGCAUUUCAAUGGGCCGAAGAGAAUGUGGGCGGAGUGGACGUGUUGGUAAACAACGCGGGAAUCAUGAAUCAAGUGAAUUUGAUCGAUGAAAACAAUUCGGAUGCUGUCCGAUCGACGAUCGAAACGAAUUUAAUGGCACCGGUGGUGUGUACGCGAGAAGCGUUCCAUUCGAUGCGACGACGAGGCGUUGACGGGCACAUUUUUAUGAUUAACAGUACGCUGGGUCACAAGGUGUUUUAUUUGGUUGGACAGACGGCAUCCACGAAUAUUUAUCCGGCGACCAAAUAUGGCAUUACUGCUAUGACUGAGGUGUUGCGGCAGGAAUUUCAGGCAUUCGGAACAAGGAUCAAAAUAACGAGCAUCAGUCCCGGCGCAACCAAAACCGAAAUAUUUACGCAAGAAGUUUUGGAUAAAUUUCCCGGACUACCGCUAUUGCAAUCGGAAGACGUGUCAGCAGCGGUUAUGUACGCAUUAGGAACACCUCCUCAUGUUCAGGUGCAUGAGCUGACAAUUCGACCGGUUGGAGAACCAUUUUAAACAACAAAGAAAAAAAAAUCAAAUUUUUUUGGUUCGUUUCAAUCAUCAUGUGUAUACGAUUCAACUGCUGUCGGUGAUAGUCGAUGUUGUAAUUUUUAAUUUAAUUUUAUUUUCAAUCAUUUUACGGAAGUUAAUAUUGUAGGAACGGCAAGCAUGUCGCAAGAGAAUCUAUAAAUCUGUUACUUCAUUUGUUUAAAAUAUCGC